AUGGAGAGAAGGGACGGUGGCGAAGAUGCGAUAACACGAAGGCAAAGACGCGAAAGUACAAAUGCGAGGGAGCGAAGGGUGGGUGGCGAAGAUGCGAUAACACGAAGGCAAAGACGCGAAGGUACAAAUGCGAGGGAGAAAAGGGACGGUGGCGAAGAUGCGAUAACACGAAGGCAAAGACGCGAAAGUACAAAUGCGAGGGAGCGAAGGGAGGGUGGCGAAGAUGCGAUAACACGAAGGCAAAGACGCGAAAGUACAAAUGCGAUGGAGAGAAGGGACGGUGGCGAAGAUGCGAUAACACGAAGGCAAAGACGCGAAGGUACAAAUGCGAGGGAGCGAAGGGAGGGUGGCGAAGAUGCGAUAACACGAAGGCAAAGACGCGAAAGUACAAAUGCGAGGGAGCGAAGGGACGGUGGCGAAGAUGCGAUAACACGAAGGCAAAGACGCGAAGGUACAAAUUCGAGGGAGCAAAGGGACGGUGGCGAAGAUGCGAUAACACGAAGGCAAAGACGCGAAGGUACAAAUGCGAGGGAGCAAAGGGAUGGUGACGAAGAUGCGAUAACACGAAGGCAAAGACGCGAAAGUACAAAUGCGAUGGAGAGAAGGGACGGUGGCGAAGAUGCGAUAACACGAAGGCAAAGACGCGAAAGUACAAAUGCGAGGGAGCAAAGGGACGGUGGCGAAGAUGCGUUAGCUCGAAGGCAAAGACGCGAAAGUACAAAUGCGAGGGAGCGAAGGGACGGUGGCGAAGAUGCGAUAGCACGAAGGCAAAGACGCGAAAGUACAAAUGCGAGGGAGCGAAGGGACGGUGGCGAAAGUGCAAUAACACGAAGGCAAAGACGCGAAAGUACAAAAGUACGGAGUCGACGGAGCGAAGUUGACCGAGAGGACAACUUUCUCGCCCACUGUUGCCCCCCUCCCCCUCCUCCAAAUGGCCGGGAGGACAACUUUCUCGCAUACUGA